AUGUCAGACUCCACCUCUUCAUUACUGCUUCUAUCCGAUCAGGCGUCAGUCUGCUUUGCAAACUCUUCAAAAAUGAUUGAGCAGACAAAUCGGACGAUCAUAGGAGCAACUAUUCUCGUAUUUUCCCUGAUUUCAAAUUUUUUGAAUGUAACAGUUAUUACCGCGAUUAUCAAUGAAUGGAGCUCUUUCCGUAGACAGAUAUUUAUUCAAUUUGUGUUCAGUAUGAUUACUGCCGGAACAGUUUAUACAAGUGUCAACUUUUUUGUAUCAAUUCCAUGUUCUUUCAGUUUCUGCCCAUAUUUAAAAGAUGACUAUCUCAUGAUUAUAUUAUCACUUCCAAAUACAUUGAGUUUCAUUGCGUACCUUUUGGCAAACUUUGGAUUUUCCAUUUACCGCUUAUGUAUCGUAUUUGAUAUAUUCAGGCAUCACCUGAAAACAGUACAAUUCGUUACUUUGUAUCUUCCGUGGAUUCUAUCAAUAUACGUAGUAAUUGAUACCACGUGGCAUGGAUGUAUAAAACGUUUCAAUAGGUGGUCCAUCGGUUACACAUAUAACUGCUCAAACUGCAAUGUUUGGUUUGGAGUCAGUUUCAUUGGUGUGAACUUUUACGCCGGACAAGUUCUUCCAAUUAUGAUGUGCUUCAUGUAUGGGAUUAUGAUUGUUGAUAUCUUUUGGAAAAAAUCAAAAGGUGGAGGGAAGUCGAGAAGGUUCACUGCUUUUGAUAUCAAACUGGCGUUUCAAUAUCUUCUUGUUUGCCUUGUUCAGUACCUUGCAUCUUUUUUAUUUUACAUUGUUCCAAAAGUUGGAAAUGGAAGUACACUUGCAAUCAUAGCAAUGAAUAUCAUUGGUGUUAUUGACAUGGGACUUAACCCACUUAUUCUACUCAUUUUCAAUUCAAAAGUUCGUCUUGCCACUGUCGUUCUCUUCAAGUUUUUGCCUUGCUUAAAAGUCAAUCAGCCAAAAGUGGCUACAGUGACAAUAGUUCUUAUGAAAAGCACGCAGUAGUUCAAUUUUUCAUAUGUUUUUGUUGUUAAUUAUAUUGAUCAUUUUGUUACGGGAACUUGUUUUUUGAAAAUAAAU